UGGAUAUCCGUGUAGUUUAAUUAGUUAUACUAAUUGAAGGCUCAUGGAUUCGGUGCUUAAAGCAGAAAAACCUGGUUGUGGAUCAUUUUCGUACCAGGAUGCCGUCUCUAUUGUGAAAAGUCUUAAAACAGAUAUCGUGACAGAUAAAGUAGCAGUUAGACAACACAAUAUUCCAUUCAUGAUGAAGACGCUCAGAUGUUGUGACAUAACGCUGGAAGAUAUUGAUAGGCUGCCAAUUAUUCACAUCACUGGAACAAAGGGGAAGGGAUCGACAUCGGCAUUUUGUGAAAGUAUUCUCAGACACAGCGGGUACAAGACAGGAUUUUUCAGCUCUCCUUCCCUGGUCAAAUUGAACGAGAGGUUUCGUAUCAACGGUCAGCCUCUAUCUGACGAAGACUUCUGCUCUUACUUCUUCGACGUUUACAACAAAAUAGAACCCAUAUUGAAAGACAUGCAAGACAGAAAAAUUCCAGUGCUCUUUUGUUUUUUCACAACCAUGGCUUUCACCGUGUUCAUUAAAGAAAAAGUCGAUGUAGCUGUGAUGGAAGUUGGUAUUGGUGGACAGUUAGAUUGCACGAACGUCAUUCGAUCCCCCGUUGUCUGUGGAGUUACUUCUCUUGGAUUGGACCACGUUGAUAAGCUAGGCGACACGAUAGAAAAAAUAGCGUGGCAUAAAGCUGGGAUUUUUAAGAAGGGAGUUCCCGCUCUGACUGUCAGUCAGCCACCAGAAGCCAACGCCGUUCUCUUGGAGCGAUCACAGGAGAUUGGGGCACCUCUGUACAGUGUUCCAACCCUAUACGAGUUCUGUGCCGCUGGUCAACAGAUUCGUUUGGGUAUUGAGGGAAAUGUUCAUUUCGUGAACGCAGGACUCGCUCUACAGCUGUGUCGGGUAUUUCUACACAGAACUAACAAAGAAAAUCAGUAUGUCUAUGAUGUGUUGUCUGUAUCCAGUGUGAAGGACAUUCCUAUGUUACCUGUUUAUCAACUCAGCCCUGAAGAAACUGAAGGACUGGCCAGGUGUUCGUGGCCCGGCAGGGCUCAGACGAUCUAUCGCCCUCGACUCACCUACUACUUGGACGGAGCUCACACCAAGGAGAGCAUGCAGCAAUGUGUUGAGUGGUUCUCGGAUAAAUCAGAGAAGGAGGCAGCUACUAUUAAAGGACGAGUCCACAAGGUUCUCUUGUUUACCCUUAGCGGGUGUAGGAGUAUCUCUAGUAUGCUUUCCAUCCUGAAGGUAAUCAAUUUUGGUGAAGUUGUGUUCUGUCCCGGCGUGGAUUUAUACAAGUUACAUGAGAAAUCGUCAGCUCAAAGCAACGAACUAUUAGUGAACGCCUGUGAGGAGAUCAAGAUGAGAUGGGACAGUCUAUGUGGGGACUGCCCUAAAGAUGACUGCGUCAUUAAUUGUGAUUUUCCUUCAACACAGACCAGUGUCCUGCAGACCUGUCCCGUCACUGGUAGAAGCAUGACGUCACAUCACACGAUGAAGACGCCGUCACCUCACUAUGAUGUAAAUAAAUCCAGUUCGGGAAUGAAUACUGAAAACGUCACCAGUGACGGUAACUGUCCGUCCUAUGCGUUCCCUAGCCACCUGCAAGCUUUGUAUUGGGCGACCCAAGGCCGUGAGUCCAAACUGAGUCCUGACGCAAACUCAGACCUGUACAACGUCCCCGAGAGACCCAAAGACGCAGGUCACAUUCAAGUCCUCAUCACAGGAAGUCUGCGUCUGGUGGGAGCAGUUCUCGGUGUGUUGUCAAACGAUGCGUCAAACUGAACAGUCGUCGAUAUAGACGGGAUUUAUUUAGUCCAUCUCCUGUUUUUGUUUGAAGUAAUUAAUUUUGCAUUUGUAUAGGGUAAUGAGUCUUGUUUAUCAACAUACUCAAACUACAUCAUAUUGAUGUAACGCCUCAGUAAACCUCACCCCAACCCUACCCCCCCCCC